AAUCCUGAGGGGUCUGGUAGAAAAGCAGAGUUGUUCUCUCCCUUUCAAAGCUACGUCUGGAAGAGGGGUGGGGACUAUACCAGCCCAUCAUCACGCUGCAUGCCAGUCUCACACACGGAUGCUUCUCCUUCACAUUCUCUGGGAAAUUUCCCCCAGAUUAGGAAAAGGAAAGGAAGACAAGUCGGCCACAAAAGGCGAGUUUUCACCAUUACCCACAAAGGAAAGCAGAGCGCACCUCCACACAAUCGCAACUCCGUUCUCUGGAGCAGAUUUCGACUUCAGCACCACGGAGAGCGGCACCUCCGUCUCGGCCACCCAUGGGGAGCCAGAUCCCCGCGACUCCGCGCAGGAUUCGGGUCAUCUAGAAGAGGGACAAGCCUGUGUAUUCUACUCUCGAUGUUGGGGAGCAACACCUUCAAAAACAUGCAGCGCCGGCACACCACCUUGAGGGAGAAGGGGCGCCGUCAGGCCAUCCGGGGUCCUGCCUACAUGUUCAACGAGAAGGGUACCAGCUUGACCCCUGAGGAGGAGCGCUUCCUGGACUCGGCUGAGUAUGGCAACAUACCAGUGGUCAGGAAAAUGCUGGAGGAAUCCAAGACCCUCAAUUUCAACUGCGUGGACUACAUGGGGCAGAACGCGCUGCAGCUGGCUGUGGGCAACGAGCACCUGGAGGUCACCGAACUGUUGCUGAAGAAGGAGAAUUUGGCGCGGGUGGGCGAUGCACUGCUGCUGGCCAUCAGCAAGGGCUACGUGCGCAUUGUGGAGGCCAUCCUCAGCCAUCCGGCCUUCGCGCAGGGCCAGCGCCUGACUCUCAGCCCACUGGAGCAGGAGUUGCGGGACGAUGACUUCUAUGCCUACGACGAGGAUGGCACGCGCUUCUCCCACGACAUCACACCCAUCAUCCUGGCUGCCCACUGCCAGGAGUACGAGAUUGUGCACAUCCUGCUGCUCAAGGGUGCGCGCAUCGAGCGGCCCCAUGACUACUUCUGCAAGUGCAACGAGUGCACCGAGAAGCAGCGCAAGGACUCCUUCAGCCACUCGCGCUCGCGGAUGAAUGCCUACAAAGGACUGGCCAGUGCCGCCUACCUGUCCCUAUCCAGUGAAGACCCUGUCCUCACUGCGCUGGAGCUAAGCAAUGAGUUAGCCAGACUGGCCAACAUUGAGACUGAAUUUAAGAAUGACUACAGGAAGUUAUCUAUGCAGUGCAAGGAUUUUGUGGUGGGCGUGCUGGACCUCUGCCGGGACACAGAAGAGGUGGAAGCAAUUUUAAAUGGCGAUGUGAACUUGCAAGUCUGGUCCGACCACCACCGUCCGAGUCUGAGCCGAAUCAAACUCGCCAUUAAAUAUGAAGUCAAGAAGUUCGUUGCUCACCCUAACUGUCAGCAGCAAUUGCUUACCAUGUGGUAUGAAAAUCUCUCAGGCUUACGGCAACAGUCUAUCGCUGUGAAAUUCCUGGCUGUCUUUGGAGUCUCCAUAGGCCUCCCUUUUCUCGCCAUAGCCUAUUGGAUUGCUCCCUGCAGCAAGCUAGGACAAACCCUGAGGAGCCCUUUCAUGAAGUUUGUAGCCCACGCGGUGUCUUUUACCAUCUUCUUGGGACUGCUAGUUGUGAAUGCUUCUGACCGGUUUGAGGGCGUUAAGACUCUGCCCAAUGAGACCUUCACAGACUACCCCAAACAGAUCUUCAGAGUGAAAACUACGCAGUUCUCCUGGACAGAGAUGCUCAUCAUGAAGUGGGUCUUAGGAAUGAUCUGGUCGGAAUGCAAGGAAAUCUGGGAGGAGGGGCCGCGGGAGUACGUGCUGCACCUGUGGAACCUACUGGAUUUCGGCAUGCUGUCCAUCUUCGUGGCCUCCUUCACCGCGAGGUUCAUGGCCUUCCUCAAGGCCAGUGAGGCCCAGCUGUACGUGGACCAGUACGUGCAGGAUGGAACGCUGCACAACGUCUCGCUUCCACCGGAAGUGGCCUACUUCACCUACGCCAGGGACAAGUGGUGGCCUUCAGACCCCCAGAUCAUCUCGGAAGGGCUGUAUGCCAUCGCGGUUGUCCUCAGCUUCUCCCGGAUCGCCUACAUCCUUCCAGCCAAUGAGAGCUUCGGGCCCUUGCAGAUCUCCCUGGGAAGAACUGUGAAAGAUAUCUUCAAGUUCAUGGUCAUCUUUAUCAUGGUAUUUGUGGCCUUCAUGAUCGGAAUGUUCAACCUGUACUCCUACUACCGAGGUGCAAAGUACAACCCAGCAUUUACAACAGUUGAAGAAAGCUUUAAAACCUUGUUUUGGUCCAUAUUUGGCUUGUCUGAGGUCAUCUCGGUGGUGCUGAAAUACGACCACAAGUUCAUCGAGAAUAUUGGCUAUGUGUUGUACGGGGUUUAUAAUGUCACCAUGGUGGUUGUGCUGCUCAACAUGCUGAUAGCCAUGAUCAACAACUCCUAUCAGGAAAUCGAGGAAGACGCGGACGUGGAGUGGAAAUUUGCUCGAGCGAAGCUCUGGCUUUCUUACUUUGAUGAAGGAAGAACUCUCCCUGCUCCCUUUAACCUGGUGCCGAGCCCUAAAUCCUUUUAUUAUCUCAUAAUGAGAAUCAAGAUGUGCCUCAUAAAGCUCUGCCAAUCUAAGGCCAAACGCUGUGAAAACGACCUGGAAAUGGGCAUGCUGAACUCCAAGUUCAGGAAGACUCGCUACCAGGCCGGCAUGAGGAAUUCUGAAAACCUGACAGCAAACAGCACCUUCAGCAAGCCCACUAGAUACCAGAAGAUCAUGAAGCGGCUCAUAAAGAGAUACGUGCUGAAGGCCCAGGUGGACAGAGAGAACGAUGAAGUCAACGAAGGUGAACUCAAAGAGAUCAAGCAAGACAUCUCAAGCCUUCGCUAUGAGCUCCUGGAGGAGAAGUCUCAAGCUACAGGAGAGCUGGCAGACCUGAUCCAGCAGCUCAGUGAGAAGUUUGGAAAGAAUUUGAACAAAGACCACCUGAGGGUGAACAAGGGCAAGGACAUUUAGCGGCCUGACUGCACGCAUGACUGACUUUUGACAGCAUUCCAAAGCCAGACCAGAUGUCCCAGUCUCGGCCCUGUUGGGGAGGGGAUUCCAUUCCACUCCCCUGAGAUGCAGGGGGAACCACUGGCUCUCCUGGGCACAUGACUGAUACCUAUAGCCCAGGAACCGCCUGGAUCCAGGAUUGUGAAACUAGGCUGUUGGGAGAGACAAGCUACCCCAAGGAGGGAAGAAGUGCCAUCAGACACACACAAGACCUCCUGUCCAGCCUCCGUGGCCAAAGCAGGAAAAGGCCAUCUUGGAUGCACAUGUGUGCCCUCCGGCUCGACUCAGGAUGACAGCUGUGUCCUGGGAAGUCAGCCCUGUACACCUGAGUCCCUUCUUAUUCUUCACCGAUACACAUACACACACACACACACACACACACACACACACACACACAACCAGAACCGGGAGGUGACCUGUGACCUACUCUUAAGUGCCAGAUGAGAACCCAGAUAGCCUAAUAGCUAAAUAGUUCUAUUUGUUUAUAUAAAAAAAAAGUUUAAAAACACUAAAUCAAAAAAUGUACUGUAGAGAAAAAGUUGUCAUUGUUUAGAGAACAACAAAAUCCAAAUAAUGUAUUUUUACCUUUAUUAUCUUGUAUUUACUAUUUUUACCUAAAAUGAGAAGAAAUAAAAUUACCUCAUAAGAG